UAAAGCCCCAAUAUAAAAUUGAUAAGAUCGACGGAUCCAUGUGAUCGAGGAAGGGCCAAGAAUUAGAAACGGCCGCAGCCCGCACCCACCGCCACCGAGUCCAAUCCAAUCUGCAAUCAAACCCGCCCCGAGCCCGACGACAACCGCCGAGUGGGCAUCUUUUCCUGGUUUGCUAAUCGCUACUACCAGUCCUCCUCCUAACGCAAACAAAUAUAGUAAUAGCAAGCUCCCCUUUUUUUUUUUUUUGUUUCAGAUGGAUUCUUCUCCGCCGGAGAAGAGACAAACCAAGAAAUCCCCUUUUUGGUGAGAGAGAAGACAGAAAUCCUUUGACGGGGAGAGACCCAGUUGAAACUAGAAGAAUGGCCGGCGAGAGGAAAAGGAUACUGGUCGGUUUGAUAGUGGCAAUGCUUUUGGGAACUGCCGUUUACUUUAGGCUUUGGACCAUUGACUACGCGAUUUCCUCCGAGGACACUGAGCUCAUAAGAAGACAAUUCGAUCUGGCCAAUAGAGAAGCCAUGGACGAAUCUGCUGAGUGGAGGAUGAAGUAUGAUGAAGAGGCAGAGAGGGCAGCCAAGUGUGACAAGGAAUUGAUAGAGAUCAAGCAGAAGGUGGACGAUGCAGCUAGUGUAAACCAGCAGCUGGCAGUGCUACAGAAGGAAAACAUGGCCUUGAUUGAACGUAUGGAAUUACUGAAAAAGGAGCUGGCCGCAAGCAAAUCAAAAUGUGGUCGCUCGAGAUACACAAGACUAUAGUCACAAAUGGUCAUAGCAGCGCUUUUAGCAUGACAAUGUUGUGUAAUUACUUUGCUAAAAUCGAGCUCUUUGUGAAUGAGUAGUAGUUCUUGGGGAUACGGCUUACAUGGUACUAAACUGGCCAGCGGAGAGAGAUGUAAAUGGGCAAUCGGAACAAUCUUUGUUCUUUGUAUUUUGUGGGAUGUUUCCCCCCCUUUCCCCAUCUAUAAGAUCUACCUCAACGAAACAGAAGAUUUGGUCCAUUUUGCAUACAUUUAUGUUGCCCUAUUCUACUCCAGAGAAUGUAAAUCAGUUCUCGAGUAAAUUCUGUUUACUUGGGUGGCUCUGCGUGGAGAACACUUAUGAUAGUCAUUCCCCUAGGUGGAAUUUUUGCUGUUUGUCUGUGUAAGGAACCAAGGUUUGCUGCAAAACGAAACUGAUAUAUAUUUUUUCCAUUGUCGCUGAUA